CGUUGAAAAUUGUCCCAGAGCUCGACGAGUUUAAACUCGCCGGUGGGGAAAGGGGGAGACGACUGCGCCCCGCACUAUCCGCUUGAUAUAAAUACCAAAAGCGCAAACCGUACCGCAUUCACCCGCAAAAGGCACCACACCGCAUCGACAAUCAUGAGGGCAUUCCAAGCCUGCUUAGUCUUGGCCUUGGCCGGUUUCAUUUCCUGCGGAAAUGUAGCCAGAAAACAGGACAAGAGAGGUUUGAUCGGUCUUGGAGACGCCGGCCUAGGCCUCGGUCACGGAGGCAUCAUCCUCGGAGACCGUGGAAUUGGUGCCAUCGGUUUAGGUAGUUUGGGUUCCGGAUUGGGUGCCGGCCGUGGAUUGGGUCUCGGUGGAGCAGGAUUGGGAAUCGGCGGAGCAGGUUUGGGUCUCGGUGGUGUGGGAUUGGGCGCCGGAAUUAGAACUCAAUCGGCAUCCGUGUCUACCAUCGACAGAGCCAUCGCCGUAGGUGUCCCAACUCCCGUCGGAGUGGACAGACCCCGUCCCGUACCAGUCCCGGUACCAAUCAGACGUCCGGUAGACGUUCCUCGUCCCGUACCAGUCGAUGUUCCCCAACCCUACCGCGUUAUCGUCGAUCGCCCAGUACCAGUUGAUGUCCCGCGUCCAGUACCUGUCCCACGUCCCGUCGGAGUACCCGUAGACGUACCUAGACCCGUAGCCGUUCCGGUACCACAACCCGUAGCCGUUGACGUUCCCCAACCGGUACCUGUUGGAGUACCAGUAGCUGUAGGUGCCGUUGGUAUCGGUCGUGGAGGUUUAGGAUUGGGAGGAGUGGGUGGAGGAUUGGGAGGAGGAGUAGGUCUCGCUAGAGGAGGUCUCGGCCUCGGCAGAGGAGGUGUCUUACUCGAAGGAGGAUACGGAGACGCCGGUUUGGGUUUGGGAGGAGGCAGGCUCAUCGGAGCAGGACACGGUUUGGCUUUGGGUCACUAGACGGUGGCUAGCGAAGUCGCGAAUUUUUUUCUUUGUACAUACUAAGUCGGAAAAUAAAUUAUUUUUUUAAUUAA